GCCCCUCGCUUCGGUAUGCCUGGUCCCUACAGAACCGACUUCUGGGAGUCGUGGUUGUGGCAGAAUCUGACCAUACCUCCAUCAGGAAGGUACGCGCUUGAAGUAACAGUGCCUCAUUCAAUUACCUCUUGGUACAUAACUGGGAUUACAAUUGAUCCAAAAUAUGGUUUGGGUAUCGUCAAGGUACCGAUUACGUUCUCGACUGUGAAAAUCUUCUUCAUCUUGGACCAUCUGCCAUCCUUAAUCAAUCGGGGAGAAACAAUAUUGUUGCAUUUUACUCUGUACAGUUCAAUAGAAGAAGAGUUUGAGGCCAAUGUGACGAUGUUUAACGCACAUAAUCAACUUCAGUUUAUCGAUCGUCCAAUUGGAGAUGCGAAUCAAACUAAAACUGUAUCUGUGCCACCGAAAUCCGAUGCACCAGUCUCUUUCUUAAUAAAAGCAAUGAAGCUAGGAGAGUUGGAGAUUCGGGUGAAUGCAUCGAUUAUGCAAGGCGUAAUCUCGGAUAGCUUCAAGAAAAUAAUAGUAGUUCUUCCGGAAGACGUAUUGCUUGUGAGGUCAAAUCAAGUACAUUUCGAUGAUGAUACCCCCUCAAAUCAAUCGUUCGAUAUUCCGCUUUUCAUAGACGAGACGUCUAAGGGUAACGUCAUACCACUUGACUUAACUGUUUAUCCCGAUCAGCGAUCUGUAAAGGAUCUUCAAAACAAUUAUAAUGUGUCAGUCCAUCACGGCAGCUUUGAAAAAUCGAUGCAUGUAAAUUCGGAUUUCAAUGAAAAUAUCACGAUACAAUCUAUUCCCUAUUAUGUCAGGAAACUAAUAGUGGUCGUUAAGAGUUCUGGUUCUGGAGUGAUUCAGAUCAACUGGCAAUACCGUCUAAAUUUGGUCUACUUCAAGUUCCGGUUCAACUUACAUCUGACCAAGCUAUCGACUCCCUCUGAGUGGAUGAAGGAACUUCAUAUUUGUUUUAGCUUCAUUCCGGAGGAAAGGGAUGAUCAUUCAAAUGGAACACUCGUGGAAGUGAGCAUACCAAUAGGCUACGCGAUCGAUGGCCACAAUGUAGUUGAGGAAACAACUAUCAAUCGUAUCAGUAGAAUCGAGAUACUACACGGUGGAACAACGGUGAUGGUACACUACAAUCAUAUCGGUAUCGAUACUACAUGCUUCAGCGUCUUCGUAUACAGGAGGUAUAAAAUGCGAGUGAGACACGCCUCAUAUAUCAAGGUGCAAGAUUCUCACCGGCCAGAGUCGACUGCGGUGAAGAUGUUCGAUUUCCACUAG